CAGUCCAUAAUUUUAGCUCCGACUCGCUGCCCGUCGUACUUUCUCGUCUUCGACGUUUCAACGCAUCGAAUUGACGGAAAUCAUCAACAAAUAUUCUCACCGCCGGCCGCCAACUCUGACCGCCGUCGACUGACGCAUAGAGCUGUUUCUACUUAGAGUCAAGAGGACAUUGGUUGCCGAUUUCAGGUUUGAUGGAGAUACUGUUAAUUUUAUAGGCCAAGUACACAGGUGAUUCUGUCUGCUAUCGGUUUCCAUGGACUCCUCAAAACCAAAUCCUCAGUCCAUGCGAGUCCUAAUUCGACCUCCAAUUCCACCUUCUCAUUCUCAAACUCCCCCAGUACUUCCUAGCCACGCCCAAGCUCCUGCCCCUUCUCCCCACCCACUUCCAUCAACCUCAUCGGAAGCACCAGCCACCUCCCCCUCUCCAUUAAACCCUCAAAGCGGUGUCGUUGUGGUUGGUUUCAUUGGAAAACGCCACGAUGACGUUGCUUACCUGAUGAACCGGAUUAUUGAUUCUAAUGUGUUUGGUUCCGGGGGUUUAGAUAAGCCAAUUUUUGUUAAUGAACCGGAUGAAAAGACGGAUUUUGCUGUAACCGACGAUAUGAAGAGCUGGUUUGAGUUUAGGAAUAUAAGCUACCAUCAUGAUGAGGAGAAGGGGAUUUUGUUUUUGCAAUUCUCUUCAACUCGAUGCCCUCUGAUGGAAGGCAAUUUGGAGUCUAAGAUGGGAUUUGAUUCACUGUUGGAAGACUACGAAUAUAGCGAUCUCCAAGCUAUGCUCUUUAUGUUCUCUGUUUGCCAUGUUGUAGUAUUUAUUCAAGAAGGGCCACGCUUUGACACCCAGAUACUGAAGAAACUUCGCGUCUUGCAAGCAGCUAAACAAGCAAUGACUCCAUAUGUUAAGUCACAAUCUCUGCCACUCUCUGUGUCUGGCUCACCUUUUGCAUCUCCAUCACGUAGAGCUGCAUCAGGAAGAUCAUCUGACAAUCCUUCGCCUGUCAAAAGCCAUGGCAUUUUCAACCGAAAUAAUUCAGCAAUUACUCUAAUGUCAGGUUUAGGUUCAUAUACCUCUUUAUUACCCGGGCAGUGUACUCCGGUUACACUUUUUGUUUUUCUUGAUGAUUUUGCUGAUGAUUAUCCUAGUUCUAGUGUUGAGGAGCCAGCUGAUAUUUCCUCGGCGAAUCAAUCAUCAAGUGUUGGUGCCUCGGCUCGGCCAAGCGUGGCUCCGAAAGUUUCUGGUUCUGUGGUUGUGCUUGCACGCCCUAUGAGUAAAUCUGAAGGUGGGUUUAGGAAGAAAUUGCAGUCUUCUCUGGAGGCACAGAUUCGAUUCUCUAUUAAGAAAUGCCGGACACUGUCAGGUUCUGAAACUGGUCAUACAGGUUCAAGAAGUGGGGGUGUGUCAAAUUCUGCAAUGCUGUUUUCCCUGGAUGCAUCAAAGGCUGUUGCACUUUUAGAUGUAACCUCUAAUAAGAGAGGUGAAUCCCUUGAAUUUGCCACUUGCCUUGUGGAAGAUGUUCUGAAUGGAAAAGCGACCUCAGAUUCUCUUCUAUUUGAAAGUCAUAGCCAGAGCGCAAAUAGAGAAGACUUACUUUCUAUCAAGGAGUUCAUCUGCAGGCAGACUGACAUAUUAAGAGGAAGAGGGGGUGUGGUUUCGAAUACUAAUAGUGGUCCAGCUUCUGGUGUUGGCAUGGUUGCUGUUGCUGCUGCAGCAGCAGCUGCUUCUGCUGCUUCUGGAAAGACAUUUACUUCUCCUGAACUUCCACAUUUGGAGAAAUGGUUAUCUUCUAGUCAGCUUAUUCUGCAAGCAAUCCUGUCAGCAAAAUAUGCCAUUGCAGAUGAGACUGAAAUUAGUAAGAGGAGACAAAGAAAUUCUGUUUCACCACCUCUUGAAGGAAAUGCUUCAAAAGUUUCAGAUCCACUUGAAAUUGCAAUGUCUAAUUUGGCAAGUGGUAGAGGGAUAAAUACUAGGUUUUCUACUCUAUGGUGCCAAAAGUCCCUUCCAGUAGCUAAGGAGGCAUAUUUAAAUGAGUUGCCUCCGUGCUACCCAACUUCUCAGCAUAAGGCCCAUUUGGAGAGGGCUCUGCAUGCUUUCAAUUCAAUGGUCAAGGGACCUGCUGUGCAGUUCUACUUGCAGAAACUGGAAGAGGAAUGCACAUCCAUCUGGACUUCUGGCAGGCAACUAUGUGAUGCUGUUAGCCUCACAGGAAAACCAUGCAUGCACCAAAGGCAUGAUGUAGAAACUGGUGGUUUAUGUUCAAGUGAAGAGAUUAAGAUACAUUCCAGUGGGUACGUCUUCCUCCAUGCAUGUGCAUGUGGUCGUUCAAGACUCCUGCGGCCAGAUCCUUUUGAUUUUGAAACAGCAAAUGUUACUUUUAACCGUUCCAUGGAUUGUGACAAGCUUCUUCCCACAGUUCAGUUACCCCAAGGAAGUGAUACAAGUGGGCCCAUUCAUUCCCCAUCUUGGAGUUUAAUCCGAGUUGGGAAUGCAAGAUACUACCAGCCGUCUAAAGGUUUGAUGCAGAGUGGCUUCAGUUCUACCCAAAAGUUUCUUCUACGGUGGACUAUCCUUCUCGAGAAGCCUAAAUAUGAGAAUGACCUACUAUCAAGCAAUUCAGAGCAAGCAAAUAUAAAUAGGUUUAGUAGCAAUGCCAGGGAUGAGCCUAACACAGAUUCAGGCAUAGAGAAGGCUGGUGAUUUGAGUAUGCAAAAUGGACAUCAAAUCCAAAAGAAGUCUUCUGCAGGAAAUAUCAAAACAGAUGAUAAAGUAAAUAAUUUAGGUAAAGGAGUUUCCAACUUUAAUAUGAGAAAAGCUUUUUCUGAGGUGGUAGCUGGUUCAACUGCUGCAAAUUCAGGAUUUCCUCCGCUACAAUCAAAUAGACAAAUUAUAUCAAAUUCAGAAAAGAUUAUUAAGCCAAAAAGUGCGAGAGAAGGAGGUAGAGAGAAGGUUAAUGGGAUUAGUGAUGAACAAGUAUCGGAAAAAGUUGCUCUAAUUCCUGCUAUUCAUGAAGUUAAGAAUGAUAGCACUAUUGUUUCUAAUGAUGUCACUAAAGGUAAUCAAAUUUUCCAGAUAGGUACACAUUUGGAUUCAAUGAAGAUGAAUAGAAUUGCGAAGACCAGACCAGUUACGUCUUCUAAACAUGCAACAGUUUACAUUGGAUUUGAGCAUGAGUGCCCCCGUGGGCACCGUUUUAUAUUAACUGCAGACCAUCUCAACAGACUAGGUUCUCCUUAUGCAUUGCCUGUAGAAUCCGCUGUCCCUUCAUCUUUGGAAAAUAUAGAUCAUAAGGGGGUAGGUCCCUCCCGAGGGGGUAAGAAUGGUGGCCAUGGCAAAGGUCGCCGGCUGGCAAAUGGGAUGAUUUCUGCUUCCUCUAGGAAGCUCAGGAAUCUGGAAAAGUCAAAUGAGGGGUCAGAUGACGGAGUUUCAAACAUAGAAGGGCCAGCUCAGUUUUCCAGGCAUCCAGUACAUGCUGCACCAGGAAAAGAUCUUGAAACUGGUCUUCAACCUCUAAAUCUCAAUGAAUCUGGCUAUGGUACCUCCUUGUUAGAUAGAAGUUUGCCCAUAUACAUGAACUGCCCCCAUUGCUUGGAAUUGAAGAGUAAGAAUGACCAAACCGAUGUGAGAUUUGCAGGAACCAUUUCACAGCUCCAGAGGAUCUUUCUGGUUACACCUCACUUCCCUAUCAUUUUAGCAGCAAACCCAGUCAUACAGUUUGAGGAGUCAUGUCUCCCUCCAUCUGUGCCAGACCGUAAAAAGAAGUUGCAGUUUUGUCUGGGAUGUCGAGUAAUUUUACCCCCAGAGAGUUUUCUGUCACUUAGACUGCCUUUUAUUUAUGGUGUACAGCUGGAAAAUGGAAGCCUCCAUCCUCUCAUGCCUUUUGAACAGCAGCCUGAACUCACUGCCUGGAUAACCAAAGGCACAACAUUGCAGUUUGUAUCCAAGGAUAGCAUUCAUGAGGAGCUUUUCAUAUAGUCCAAUGGAUGAGGUCUAAUCUAGAUGGUGCUGACUUGACUGAAUUUUACUAAGCAUCUUGAGCAGCAAUUCUUGGACAGUUCUCUGCCGUCAGAUGCUUGCAGGAUAACCAUCUAAGUUUUAUUCGUUGUAAAGCUGGGAAGGCAAUUCCCCAAAUACAUGGGAAGAGAGGAGAAAGUUUCCUCCACUUGGGUGAGGCACUGCGGCUGAUUACUCUUAUCUUUC